GUUUUCGCAGAAGUUUUUAGUCGGAUGCUUGUAAAUUGUGAAAAUAGUUCUAAUACGUAAAAUAUUUGAACAAGAAAUAGCAAAAUUUACAUGGAAAAACUGCGUAACCAAAGAAAAUUACCAUUGAUAAUCGCUAUAUUCGAAGAAGAAAACUAAGAAACUUUUGCAUGACGAUUACUCCCCUUUUUUUCUAAAAAAGCAAAGUAAAGAAGGAAAAACGCAAGAGUGAUGACUUUUUGGUGUAGUAACAAUUUUUGGAAAAAUUCCGAACAAAAUUAAAACAGUCGAAAAAUUUAGUCAUUGCAACAAGAUGAUUCACAUCACGAUCACUUUUCGGGAAUUGUUAACAUAAACUUAUCAAUUUUGCAUACUUACAUCUGCUAUGAUCUUAGUACCAUUAGAUUAGAGGCUUCAACAGUAAAUAUAAAACAUUUAAGCAGAGAUUAAAUACAUUAAAAAUGGUGCAGUCCAAAGAAAACACUGACAUGGAAUGUUUCUUGGUUACUAAACAUUCCUGGAAAGGCAGAUAUAGACGGAUACUGGCUGUCGGUAAUGUUGGUAUCUGCACAUAUAAUCCAGAUAAAUUAGAUCUUACCAAUCGUUGGUCUUAUUCUGACAUAGUUUCAGCGGCUCCCAGCAAAACAACAAAUAUUCCAAACGAAUUCGUACUCACUGUGAAAAAAGAUAAAAAGCUGGAAUCAAUAAAGUUGUCUUCUGACUAUCGCAACGACAUAUUAAGUUCUAUAUUAAAAUAUUAUCGAGAGUUUGCUGAUAAACCGAAAAAUUCGCAACGGUUUUCCGCUUACAAAUAUCAUUGGUCAGGCAUUAGUUUGCCAACAGUUCUAGAAGUUACACCUUGCUCGCUGGAUCAACUGGAUCCCACAACUAAUGAAAUACUAGCUAGUUACAUGUAUAAAGAUAUGGAAGGCAUAAUAGGCAUUUCUGACUAUGAAGGCGGUAUUGUCAUGGCGUACGGCGGUUUUAGCCGCUUACAUCUUUUUAAAGCUUUAAAUCAUCAUGAAAUUGUACAGAAUAUUGUACAGCGCUCCUUGCAAUUCCUUGCCAUUGAUAUUAAAAUACUUAAAUCCCAAAUAACGUUGGAGCAGUUCGAGAAAGAGCGUUUCGGAAAAUACAGCGGCGAUCAGUUUCAGACUUCAAUGACUGAAUUUUCAGUGCAAAAGAUUACAACACGCCAUCCAGAUCCUGUCAAGCGCAUCCUAUGUUUAACUGAAGUUACUCUUUUAGAACGUGAUCCUCAAACUUAUAGCGUUUGUACACUACGCCCCUUAUGCGAUGUUUUUGCUUUGGUGCGGGAUAACGACAACUUGCAAAAAUUCUGGAUUGAAUAUAAAAAUGGUUAUGUUAGAGCUUAUACCACGAAUGAUCGCGAUUCAUUGCUGGCCACAUUGCUUGAUGCCGUUCGAUCAAGCGGCAAUCAAGAUGUUCACGUUAGUAUUGUUAAUACGCCGCGCGGUAAACGUUAUGUUCCCUUAAACUGUUGGGUAGAUGAAGAGACUGAAGCCAAUUUACUACGUAUGGUUAUUAACAAUUUUCAAAAUCCUUCGAAACGCUAUGAAGUGUUAGAACGUUUUAACGCCAAUAUACCCCAUAGCGGUCUAAACUACAGCGUCACUCAAGAUAGCCUUUUUGCCGAAAAUAAAGAAAAACUAAUUAUGAGCGCUCUACAAGCCUUGGCUCAAAAGGAAAUUGACAAUCCUACUGCUCAAUUAACGAAUCUCGAGUUAGAAGCAAUUUUUCAUGGGCUUACACGUCUGCUGGCCAGCAAAGUAGGCUAUGCAGCUUUUACUCAUUUGUCAGGUUUUCGUGAAAUAAUCGGUACAAAAAUUGUGGCAGCCCUGCGGCGCAAGGAUUUAGCUGUUACCUACGCUGCCAUUGAUAUGAUCAACUCUUUAAUGCAUUCUGUAAAUGCUAAUCAUGACUUAAAGCAAGAGCAAUUAAAUAAGUCGUCCAUAUUGUCAUCGAGAACGUUCUUAGAGACUUUACUUAAUAUGUGGACAACGCAUGUAAGUCAUGGCAGUGGAGCGCUGGUGCUCUCUGCCAUGUUGGAUUUCCUGACGUUUGCUCUUUGUGUGCCUUAUAGCGAAACCACCGAUGGUAAACAGUUCGACACUCUCUUGGAAUUAGUAGCCGAAAGAGGGCGUUAUCUUUAUAAACUUUUUCAACAUCCCUCGUUAGCUAUAGUUAAAGGGGCAGGGUUGGUGUUGAGAGCCAUUAUUGAAGAAGGUGAAUUGAAAGUGGCUCAACAAAUGCAGUCUUUAGCUUUAGACGAGGCUGCCUUGUGCCGUCAUCUUUUGGUGGCUUUAUAUACACCCACUAAUGAUCCAACUUUAGCCACACAUCGUCAGUUAUCAAGACAUUUAAUUGCUUUGUGGAUAACAGAUAAUAACGAAGCAAUGGAGUUAUUUAAAAGGAUAUUUCCGGCUGGUUUACUGAUGUUUUUGGAAAGUGAAAAUAAUGUUCCAGAGAUCGAUGUGGAAGAAGAUAAAUUAAAUUUUCGUGAUAAUCUAAAGUUUGCUAUACAGCAUUCCAAUAAGUCCCCCAAGAAUGUUAUCGAAAAACAUUUGCAGGGCAUUAAACAUUGGGGUUUGAGUUUGUUGGAUCAACAGGACCCCGCUGCCCAAGCGCUAAAGAAUCGCCCGGUGGUUUUAAGAAAUCGUCGUCAGAGAAAAAAAAGCAACGAUUCUAUAAUAAACUUGCCUUACUUCUUUUGUAAUUUUUCCAAAGACCACAGUUUACCCAAUCUUAUAUGGAACCAUAAGACGCGCGAGGAAUUACGAAUAAGUUUAGAAAAUGAGCUACGACAAUUUUUGAAUGAUCGGGAUCUGGCUGGUAAUAUGGUUGUGGCAUGGAACUAUCAAGAAUUUCAGGUUACUUACCAGUCCUUGGCUGACGAAAUACAAAUCGGUGAUUAUUACAUACGAUUAAUAUUGGAGAAAGACAAUUGGCCUCAAAAUUUAAUUAAGGACCCAGUGGAACUCUUUAACGCUCUUUACCGCCGUGUUUUGUGCCGCCAGCGUAUCAAUGAUGAUCAAUUGACAGUAACCUCAUUACAAGCAUUAGCCAAAGUCUACAGGCGCUAUCAUAAGGAAAUUGGCCAAUUUAGUGAUAUGUCAUACAUAUUGCAGCUGUGUGAUCGCUGCUUUUCUCCUUCCUUGAGAGAUGCUCUCAUUAACCUUAUCUCUUGUUUGGUGCUGGAAAAAUCGAAUUGCCGUCCUUUGGUGGAACAUGUCCAAUGUUUGGUAGAUUUAAUAACUUUGGCUCACUUACACAAAGGCCGCUUCCAACCAAAUACUAAAACAAAUUUAAUAGAAGCAGGACCCGACACACAACAUUAUGAAGAAAAAGAUUGGUAUUAUAACGUUGAAAAAGACGGACAAAAACCCGAAAGACAAGGACCAAUUACUUAUAGCGAAUUAAAAGAACUUUGGACGAAGAGUGUUAUUACUCCCAAAACACGUUGUUGGGCGAUAGGAAUGGAUGGUUGGCGUUCCCUGCAACAAAUACCCCAACUAAAAUGGUGCCUUAUAGCGAAAGGAAUACCUCUUUACAAUGAAACUGAAUUGGCCUCUAAGAUUUUAGAUGUAUUUAUUAAAUGCACCAGUUUCUUCCCAUCAAGGACACAAAACGGGCAAGCUGUCCUUAUACCAGGCCCUAAAUUGUCCCGAAAACUAUCCGAAUUUAUUUGUUUACCUCACAUUGUUCAAGUAAGUUUAACGCAUGAUCCUGGCCUAUUGGAAAGAGUGGCAACGUUACUGUGUCAAAUAAUGGAAGACAAUCCUGAAAUGCCAAAGAUUUAUUUAACUGGGGUCUUUUAUUUUAUGCUAAUGUACAGUGGAAGCAACAUUUUGCCUAUAACUAAAUUCCUGAAAAUGACACACAUGAAACAAGGGUUUAGAAGUGAAGAGACUUCGCAGUCUGGCAUAAUGCAUCGCAGUAUUUUGGGUCACUUGCUACCCGAAGCUAUGGUUUGUUUUUUGGAAAAUUAUACUGCCGAAAAAUUUGCUGAAAUCUUUUUAGGAGAUUUCGAUACACCGGAGGUAAUAUGGAGUUCUGAAAUGCGGCGUUUAUUAAUAGAGAAAAUAGCGGCUCAUAUAGCUGAUUUCACUCCACGUCUUAAAGGACAUACAAUGGCUAGAUAUCCAUACCUUGCUAUACCUGUUAUUAGUUAUCCGCAGUUAGAAAAUGAACUAUUUUGCCAUAUUUAUUAUUUACGUCAUUUAUGUGAUACACAAAAGUUUCCUGACUGGCCAAUCACUGAUCCCGUUCAGUUACUUAAACACACCUUGGAUGCUUGGCGUAGAGAGGUGGAGAAAAAGCCACCUCUAAUGACCGUCCAACAAGCUUACAAUGAUUUAGGCAUAGAUUUGAAUAAAUAUCCCAAGCCGGACGAAUCAAUGAUACGUAAAAGCUAUUACCGUUUGGCACAAAUGUAUCAUCCCGACAAAAAUCCGAAUGGACGAGAAAUAUUCGAAAAAGUCAAUCAAGCUUAUGAAUUCUUAUGCUCAAGGAACGUCUGGAGUGCAGGUGGUCCAAAUCCGAAUAAUAUAGUGCUAGUAUUAAGAACUCAAAGCAUACUUUUUGAACGGUACGCAGAUGUUUUACGACCUUAUAAAUAUGCUGGCUAUCCUCAACUAAUUAAAACUAUACGUUUGGAAACCAAAGAUGACGAUUUGUUCUCUAAAGAAACUCAGUUGCUUACCGCCGCUUCUGAGUUGUGCUAUCGUACGGUUCACUGCUCUGCCUUAAAUACGGAAGAGUUGCGAAGAGAGGAAGGCAUAGAAGCUUUGUUGGAAGCAUAUGAUCGAUGUGUCUCCAUAUUAGGAUCCGACUCCAAACCAGAAUCAUUACAUUAUCAAGUUAUCUCAAAUGUUACGCGUUGCUUUGAAGUCGCUUGCAAUUUUGAGAAGUGCAAACAAAAAAUUAUUACCCUACCACGUCUAAUAGCAGACGUCUGUCGCGUGAUUUAUUUCAAGCACUCGCUCUCCGUAGGCUUGGUCACCAGUUUAGCAGCUAACAAUUAUGAGUUACAGUGCAACUUGGUUUGUAAUGGGGUGCUUUGGUCUUUGUUGUUGUUCUGUUUUGAAUAUGAUUACACAUUGGAUGAAAGCGGGGUGGAGGCAAAUGAUAAAACUAAUCAACAACAGAAGGCAAACACAUUAGCCAAAAUGUCCAUACUUGCCUGUGUAGCUUUAGCUGGAUAUACUUUAGAAUUACAUAACAAAUUGGAAAGCAACCAAACUCAGAACUCAUCUGGUCAUAAUUCGCCUACUACCGGGGGAUUAAAUAGAGCGAUUUUACCUCCAAAACCGAAAUUAAACACUUCGGCUUAUACACAAAACGCACAGAACCCGUUGCAGAACAAACAGCUGACGAAAACAUCGGGAAUAGAAAUAACUAACAUGAUAAGCUCAUCUUUGGCAAAAUCAUCUUCAAACCCCUCACCGUCCACAACUUUGGCAACAGUUACAUCUUCAGCUAUAAGCAAACAAGAUUCCGCUACUAGCUACGAGCGUUUAGAGAGCACAUCGCCUAUAAAAAGCGAAAAAGUUGUAGAUUUAUUAAAACAGAAAUAUAAUGUUACUAGCGACGCGCAGAAUGUUUGGAUUAAGGAAAUUCUAGAGCGAUUAUUAACCAAAUUUAUAGCCAAUAAACUGACCAAAGAAAAGGACAGUGAGAUUUUAAAAAUGCUAACCUCAAACACCCGUAAUCCUUAUUUGAUUUGGGAUAACGGUACUAGAGCUCAGCUGAUAGAUUUUCUUGAUCAACAACGUGGUGCUGCCACUAAAGAAACAUUUGAUGAUAUAAAAUUAAUACACGGUCUAGUUGCGAAAUUUGAAUUUGACGCCCAUAAAAGUGAAUUGGAGAUAGGCGGUGUGUUUAUACGCAUCUACAAUGAUAUGCCCUCUUUUCCUAUUGUUGAUCCCAAACAGUUUACUAUGGAUUUAUUGUUGUAUUUGAAACAAGCAUAUCAAUUUAUCACAUUGCGUAAAACUCAAACAAUAAUGUACACUGAAUCGCGGAGCGGUGGUGGUGAUGGAAUACUCAAACCCACUUUAGCUGCAAACCAUCCACAAUUUAGGCAAGUUCAACAAAAACAAGAGUUUAACUCUGGGUCCACAUUCGAUGAGGUCUUGAAUGCUUACAAUCGUUCAAAAAGUCGCAAAAAAUCGGAAAAUGAUACUAUUAUGGAUCAACGACCAAUACAACCGCAAUGUAUACAUGAUUUUCUUAACAGCCAAAACGUCGAAAAACAUGUAAUCAUGGUGUUAAAGGCUUUGAUUGCUGUUAUCAAAGCCAAUGCCGAAGUAGAGGUAAAAUGUAUUGGAAGUUUUGACAUGAUUUUUGCUUUUUUAAGCACUAAUGUAUUUAAAGAGAGCGUCGCGGUAAAGGCCGCGGCUUUGGAAGUAGUAGCCUUGGUUUCACGCAACAAGGAUUGUGUUAGUGAAAUGGCCGCUUGUGAGCUGCUGGGAAAUUUUUUAGUAAGCCUUAAAGAUCCUGACUUACUUGCCAGUCAGCCAAAGGUAUUGGAAACUUUAUCAGGCUUGAUAAACGUUCAGGAAAUGAUUAAGGAAGCUCAAAUGAAAGGGGCUGUGAUUUAUUUGCUAGAUAUGUUUUGUAACUCCCGUAAUCCCCACUUAAGGGAAAUGUGCGCUGAAAUUCUAGCCAAAAUGACUGCCGAUCGUUUAAGCGGACCAAAGGUCCGUAUAACUAUAUCUAAAUUUUUGCCCGCCUUAUUUGUGGAUGCCAUGGUUGAGUGCCCGCAAACAGCUGUACAGUUAUUCGAAUCUGUGCAUGAACAUCCAGAGCUUAUUUGGAAUGACAAAACGAGAAAUAAUGUUUCUGAUGCUGUGGCUGAUAAUUCUGCAAAGUUUUAUACUGCCCAAAAACUAAAUUUUAAACAUUUAUGGAAAGACCCAGAAAUUCUUAAGGACAUAGUGUCCAAUGAAAUAGUGGUGGCCGGUGUUUAUUUAAGAUUGUUCAUAGCUAAUCCUGCCUGGACCUUGCGUAAACCGAAGCAAUUUCUUUCAGAUCUUUUAGACUUUUUUGUUGACCAAAUGAGUAAAAAUGCACCAGAAAAAGAUGUUUUAGAUUUAUCCGCCACCGCUUUGGUGGAACUAUUACGUUCUCAGCCAAACUUAGCUGAUGAUAUACCAGUUUUAGGUCAUAUUCCGAACUUACUUAAAUUACUUGCUGUACAACCACGGAAUUCUUUAUCAAUAUUACAUCAAUUGUCACUGUCAGAGUUUUGUGUUAGCGCUAUUUCUCAAACUGAAUGCAUUUCGCCGUUAAAAAAGUGCAUGGAAUAUAAUCGCAAUUGUAUUGAAACAUCCUGCGAGACUUUAAGUCGCUUAUUUAAAUAUCAGCAUGAUGCUCUUAUAAGUCAAUCUUUGGAAGUAGGUUUAAUACCGUACCUAUUGGGUUUGUUGGACAGUCGCUUAGAUUAUGUGGAUAAUGCUUCAGCUGUUAAAGCACAAAUAGUAGCUGCAUUAAAAGGCAUGACACAUAACUUAAAUUACGGUGACCGUGUUACACAAAUAUUAUUAAAACAUCCAGUGUGGUCAGAAUUCAAAGAUCAACGCCACGAUCUUUUUAUAACGGAUACAAACAUUAGAGGGUAUCUAACAGGUUUAAAUUCUACAGCCGGCUAUCUCACACAAGGUCCAGCACAAAAUGUUGAUGUCUUGACCUCGCCUCCACCUAUUGAUCGUGAUGACCCCUCAGCUCGUCCCUCGGUGGACUAG